AUGUCCAUCAAUAUAGAAGAUGAGCCCGAUCGUGGGUCAGAUGCUGAUGUUAUGUCUGAUGAUGGACCAUAUAUUCUUGGAAUUCCAUCAACAGAACCUUCAAGUGUCGUAACACUUGAAACAAAUGCAACUACCGAAAGGAAAAAAAGGAGUGUAGUUUGGGAUGAGUUCACAAUCAUUGAUGGGAAGGGUUUUGAUGAUGGGAAGAACCGAGCUGAAUGCAAAAGAUGGAAAGUGAUGUUAAGAUACCAAAAAGUUGACCAAGAUUUUGUGCGGGACAAAAUUACGAAGCUUAUUGUGAGACAUGAGUUACCUUUAGUUUUUGUUGAGUAUGAGGAGUUCAGAGAGUUAAUUACAUACCUUUUUCCGGGCUAUACCCAUAUUGCUCGAAACACACAAAUGUCGGAUAUUUUGAGGUCAUACAAUUUGGAGUCCAUUAGAAUCAGGAAUUUACGUAAUUCAUUUGCUGGGAGGAUUUCUUUGACAAGUGAUUUAUGGACAUCUAUCACUAAUGAUGGAUACAUUGCUUUGACUGCCCAUUACAUUGAUAAGGAUUGGGUGUUGCAUAAGAAGUUGUUGAAGUUUUGCAUCAUGCCACCUCCACACACUGGCAUCCAUAUUUGUGAAAUGGUUUCAAAAAUCUUGUCUGACUGGGGAUCACAUGCAAGAAAAGUAAAAUUCUUGGAAAUUUGUAAGCAAUUGGGAUUACAAAGUAGUAAGGGCUUACGUGCUGAUGUCUCCACAAGGUGGAACUCAACCUAUCUCAUGCUUGAAUCUGCAUUAUUUUAUUGUAAAGCAUUUGAGAACCUUGGACUAGUGGAUGACAACUUUAAAACUUGUCCUAGUUCUGAACAAUGGUUGAAGAUUGAGAGAUUAACGAGUUUUUUGUAUCCCUUCUAUGCAAUUACUGUUUUGCUUUCUGGUUCCAAGUAUCCCACAACAUAUUUAUAUUUUGAAAAUGUUUGGGAGAUUCACAAAAGUUUAUUAGAAGAGGUAUCACGUGGGCUCAACUUUAUGAAGCCAAUGGCAGUGAAAAUGAAGAAAAAGUUUGACAAAUAUUGGAGUGAAUAUAGUCAAAUUUUGGCCAUUGCUUUGGUGUUUGAUCCUCGAUAUAAACUUAGUUUUGUGACUUGGGCAUUUUCUAAGCUUUGCAACCUGGACUUAAAUGCAUCUACAAUGUGCAACAAUGUGAGGAAUUCUUUAUAUCAAUUGUUUGAUGAGUACAAGAGUAUGCAACCAAGUGACUAUGAUGUUCCUACACUUACCCAUCGUCCUGGGAGAUCUAGAACAAGAUUUGAAUUUAUGGUAUCCAAGCUUGCUGAGAUGGAUAAUGGAAAUAAAUCUCAAUUGGAUAUAUGUCUAGAUGAACCCAAUGUCCCAUUCAAUGAUAAUGAAUAUGAUGAGUAUGAUGUGUUGGCAUUCUGGAAAGCAAAUGGGUCAAGGUAUCCGGAUGUGGCUCGAAUGGCUCGUGAUGUCUUGGCUAUACUAGUUUCCACAGUUGCUUCAGAGUCGGCUUUUAGCGCAGGGGGCCGUGUUAUUGAUAAAUAUCAGAGCAAACUCCUACCUACCAAUGUUGAAGCAUUAAUAUGCCUUCGGGAUUAGAUAUUUGAUAUAGACUUCAGAGCUGAGCCUUUUGAUGAUCCCACUGAUGUGGAUAAUGCACUUGGAAAUAUACUGGAACUAUUGCACAUUGAAAAGGAGAGAGGUGCAGUAGCUAGUUCUUCAGCUGGUCCUACUCUUAGAGAAGGAUAAGCUCAAUUUUCCUGCAACAACAGAGAGACCUUCCUAGCUUUCAGGUGUUGAGAAAGCUUGUGGAUGAUGCAUCAAAGUUUUUGAAUGACGAUAUCACCAAAGCUGUGGUAACAGUGCCAUUAUACUUCAAUGAUUCCCAAAGCUGUGGUAAAGAAACUUGUCAAUGUACUAUCAUCUCUAGCAGAGGUAUGGAAGCCAUCAAACCCAGACUCAAAGGACAUCUAUGGCAUCCAGAUGCAGUAUCAAGGCACUAGCAUCAAUGCCAAGAGAAGAAGAAUGGCGCACGGUUUCAUUAGUUUCAAAAUUCCAAGUUUCUUUAGAAAUUCUAGUCUUAGUGAGAAUUCUAUUCCUAGUAUAGUGUGGAAUUCUGUUUGAGUUUUGCUUUCAGUUUCUUUCCACUUCAAACAAUUUUUACUUGUCUUCGUCCAAGCUGUAUAAGGUCUCUAUAGAUACAAUCUUGUUUUGAAUUGGUUUUCUUUAUCUCA